AUGACCGAUGAAUUAGAAGUUUUAUCCGCAUCUGUUGGUCUCUACGUAAAGCCUUCAGCUAGAAUGACUAUUACUGUUUCUUUACCACCAUUGAAACAACCCGGGCAGUCAAUAUCUAAUUGGGAUUUAAUGGAAAAAAUUAAAAAAGCAAUCUAUCCUGUUGAACUAUCGUCAAUUCGCGUCAUGACUAGUACCACUGAGUUGGCUCGAUUUGAGGCAGAACUUCCUUGUCGAAAAGCUCUUCUCAAAGUUGUUAAAGCUCUAGAUGGCUAUUCCUUAAAAGUUAUGGGUUUUUUUGAAUCUCUCAAAGUACGAGCGGCAGAAGCGAAGUCAGAUUUUCCUACUCGACAUGAUUGGGAUGAAUUCUUUAGAAAUGCACCUAGCAUGAAUGAAUUAGAAUCUGGUAAACGACCAGAUACUAUAUAUUUGGCUAGAUUACCCUCGAAUUGGUUUAAGGAUUCAGAUUCUACUGAUAAUGCAAUGCCCAGUGAACUUGUUCUGAAACAUGUAUUUGAACGUUUUGGUAAAGUUCGCUAUGUUGACAUUCCAGUUUGUGAUCCUUACAGAAAAAAAAUGUCGCCUAAGAUAUCAGGAUUGCGCACUACUGGCUUCUCUUUCGGACAAGAAGUGCUGUUUGAGGCAUACGUGCAGUUUGAAGAAUAUAUUUCAUUUGUUAGAGCCAUGGAUUUUUUGCGCAACAAGAAGUUAGUAAAAAUGAUGUCAGAUAAUAGGAUUUUCGAAGCGACUAUAAAGGUCGACUUUGAUAGAAACAAGCAUUUGUCGCAAGAAAAUAUACAUGAAAGAUUUACGGAAAGAGAGCAUUUCAAAAAAUUAGAAAAACGGGAAGCUUUGGAAGAUCAAAAACAUAAUAUCUCACCUAAAGCUGGUUGUUUUCACACAGAAGUGUUAUUUCUUGUAAAAUAAGU